AUGCUGGUGUUGAUGGAUCGCACUGGGUGCGCUGGAGCCGAUAUUUCUGUUGCUGACGAGUUUUCGGAUGAUAUUGAAGGUAGUGUUGACGUUUUUGUGAAUGCUGAUGUGCUGUUCAAUGAUGGAGUUGAUUUUGUUCGAGGUGGUGUCGGAGUUGCAAUCGUUGGCACAGGUGACGCUGUGGAUGAUAAAAGCUUAGUUCUCGUCUACCUGGAUGAUGAGGAUAAGUUUCUCAUCGCUCCAUCACUGAUCGGCAAAAAAGAUGCCAACAAUAAAUAUUGCAACAUGCACCUGAGCUAUUCGUCUGGUCAUUCGACACCUAGUAAACCCAAUAGAAAGAUAGCAUUUGCUUCAAGUUCCAACAAAAUCAAGAAAGGACCACAACGGCUAACUAUAGCUCAAGGAACCGAAACAACGGAAACUUGA